AUGGAAUCCCGCGCGUCCAGCGCCAUGAAUGAUGCAGGCUCUGGCUCUCCUGUUGAGCCAUCUGGCAACAACUCCAUCAAAGCCGAGACUGUAGCAGAUGAUACACCACAUGAAAUCAUGNNAGGUGCUUCGCAGACUCCAGCUCCUACCAAUACUGAUCAGCCCACCGAAUCAAAUUCACGACAGUCAUCAUCGCGGCCAGUGGAUACUGCAUCGGCACAAAAUUUCUCGGAUGUCGCAAUGGGCGACGCGAUGCCUUAUGGAACACGCUCNGCGCAACCGCCCUCGACCAAAUUAUGCAGAGGAUCAAGAUAUGGAUUUCGAAGUCCCCCCGCCACCAGCNNCAAGCCUGCAUCUGGCAAAAACGCCACGGUCGGUGAUUCGAAGCGGAAUCCACAAGUAAAUGCUGAGACUAAAAAGGCCAAUGUUGAUCCUUCAUUUGUUCGAGUCAAUGGUAUGGACUCGGAUGAGAGAUCACCAUCUGUCUCUGGAAAAGAAACGAUUCCAGGAACCUCCUCUUUCUCGACCGUCCCCCCGAAAAAGCGCAAGGCAGCCGGCGCCGCCAAUACUGCCAUUGUUGCAUCUGGAUCCGGUAACACCACUGCAAAUGCGGCUGCGCAACCCACUACGAAGCGACCGGCAACUUCCAUUCCGUUGGCAAACAUGUCUCGUGAGUCUAACAUGAUGACUUUCGAAAAGUCAAAGGGAGUUUUGAAGAAAGGUGGACUUGUAGCGGACGACGGAACAGUAUUAUACGUCGAUGAUCACGUAUAUCUCGUCUGUGAACCACCUGGCGAUCCUUAUUAUCUCUGCAGGAUCAUGGAGUUCUUACACACUAAUUCUGAUGAUCCGAAAUCUCCCGUGGAUUCGAUCCGGGUGAAUUGGUUCUAUCGUCCACGCGACGUACAGCGACUCAACAACGACAGCCGUCUUGUAUACGGUACCAUGCACUCUGACGUUUGUCCCCUCACAUCCCUACGUGGAAAAUGUCAGAUUCUCCAUCGGUCAGAAAUUGAGAAUCUCGAUGAGUACCGCAAAGGUCCGAAUUGUUUCUGGUUCAGUCAAAUCUUUGAUCGCUUUAUUCGCCGGUUUUAUGAAGUUAUCCCGACUUCACAAAUUAUUAAUGUUCCAGACAAAGUCAAGCGAGCCCUGGAUGAAAGAUGGAAAUUCAUCGCUGUAGAAACCAACAGAGUCAAAGAGCUCACAGCGGCUGUCAAGCUUUGCAAACGGUGCACUCAAUACUGCGCAAGACCUCCCUUACCCAAAAAGCCCACGCGUGGUUUCGCUUGGGCAUGUGGUCCUUGUGGUCGCGCCGCUGAAAGAAGACUCGAGGCACGCAACACUCCUCUUGGUGGCAUCGAUGAAGAAGAAGAAAUCGUCGAAGAAGAGGAAGAAGAUCCAGCGUUGGCAGCGAGCACUCGAGCACCGAGUCCCAGUGGCCCUGAUGUACCUACUGACCAUCACCCUGGUACGCAAGCUGAGAUCGCCAUGGCCAAAAUGUGGCCUUUCAGGUACUUAGGAAUUCACUGCAGAGUUGAGGAUGCGCUGCAGUACGACGAUCGUGCUAUUUACCCGAGAGCUAGCUCGCGUUUGGGACCACGUCAUCAGGCGAAUGUCAACGUGUGGCAUGGCAGGCCUGUCGAACUUGUAAAGCCAGCUGAUAUCAAAAAGCGAUUCGUCAAAGGUGGAGGCCAGAAGAAGGACACAAAACUCACAAAGGAAACUCUUGCUGCGAUUGAAGCGGAUCGGAAAGAACGAGAGAAGCGUCCGAAAUGGGUCCAAGACGAACCUCCUGGUUACGUUCACCGUGGAGAGGAUUACGAUAACGACGACCCGAGGAACACGGCCAGACUUAUGUUCAAAAUGCCAGACGAAGACGACGAACACGCUCCUGCUUCAAGCGAAGCUUUUAUCGACAAAUUUAUGGACCGCGUCAAAGCUACUGCAAAGUCACUCAAGGUCACGACUUGGGGCUCCAAUCUCCAAGACAAAGCGCUUGAGUUAUUGAUCCAAAACAAAUACGACGCAGACAAGGCAAUUGAACAACUUUCCAAGGUCGAUCGCGUCAAGGAUCUUAAGGAACCCAUACUCACACCAGAUGAAUUGAAGAAAUUCGAGGAUGGUGUGACGAAGUACGGUUCAGAGCACCGAUUGGUCCGACUUCAUAUGAAGACCCAUCAUCCUACAUCUACAAUUAUUCGCUUUUACUACCUAUGGAAGAAAACGCCACGCGGCCGACAAAUAUGGGACAACUAUGGCGGCCGCAAAGGUCGGAAGCGCCAGAAUAUGGAUCCUGCUGGUAAACUUCAAGCCGAGGUCGCCGAUGAUUUGGACGAUUCUGCUUUCGACACCGACAAAGCUCGAACCCAGAAGAGAGGAUUCCAAUGUAAGCAUUGUUCUACGCGACACUCUCGACAGUGGCGCAGAGCUCCUGGUGUUACUCCUGGCCAGACCGUACCUUCCGGCGAGGGCAAAGCGAGCAAAGACAAGAGCAAUCGUCUGCUCCUGGCACUGUGUGGAAGAUGUGCCGGACUUUGGAGAAGAUACGCGAUUGUCUGGGAAGACAUUGAUGAGGUUACCAAGAAGGCUGUCCAAGCUGGUGGACGCGCUUGGAAGCGCAAGCUCGACGAAGAGGUUGUACGCGAAAUCUUGGCUUCCAAUGAGGCUGCAUCGGUAGAUUCGACCAUCGUCGUUCAGUCAGUCGAAGGAGCGGAGCCACCCAAGAAGAAGACCAAGGUUGCUUCUGAUGGCGCCGAGAAGAAGAAGGCACCAAAGCUUCCGACGCCACCUCCUCCACCCAUCGUACCCGACCAGCCUAGAUGGAGAGAAUUACCAUGCUUUGUCUGCAACGUCCUCGAUUCAGCAGGCGAACGCCCCAUCGUGUGUUCGCACUGCAAGCUUAGCGUACACAAGAGGUGUUAUGGUCUCUCGACUCAGAUUGUGCCGACUAAAUGGGUCUGCGACCAGUGUACCAACGACAGAACGCCAGCAGUGUCCACUGAGUAUAUGUGCACACUGUGUCCGAUCGAAGAGACGACACAUGAGAUGCUUGAGGCGCCUAGAGUCACUCACAAGAAGAAGUCAGACCGUGAGCGCGAGAAGGAGAGAUUGGAGAAAGAGCUCAUGGACAAUGUGCAACUGGAAUACAACAAGAGGCAGGCCAGUCUCAACCGGCCCAGCAAGCCCAGAGAGCCGCUGAAGCGCACUGAUGGCAAUAAUUGGGUCCACGUCCAAUGCGCGAUUUGGACGCCCGAAAUCAAAUUCAGCGAAGCGAGCCUCUUGGAAAGGGCUGAAGGAUUCAGUGCUAUCCCAUUAGAACGGUACGAGGCGACAUGCAAGGUUUGCAAGAAAAACAACCACGGCGCUUGUGUCUCUUGUCUGCAAUGCCGUGCCAACUUCCACGUUGGCUGCGCGAUCCAGGCUGGGUACACACUGGGUUUCGACGUGACGCCAGUCAAAAGCUCUCGUAAGGAUCAAGUCAUCACAGCAACUAUUGGCGAAGAAACUGGAUCUCUUACAGCCGCCAUCUGGUGCAAGGAACAUGCAAUCAAGACCCCCGUACACCCCAUCAGCGAGGUGGCUGACGACAAAAGUCAAAAUGCUUUACAAGUGUUUGUUGAGAACUACAAGCAGGCGGAUCCAACGCUUACUGGAACUGCCCGAAAGGCAAAUCUGCUCAGUCAAUCGACGAAGCUAGCCUCGCAAGCAGUUUCGGCAAAUGCAGCAGCUAAUCGUCGUAUUUCGACAGCCAGUAACAUGGCACGAUCGGCGCGCGACUCACCAGCAGGAGCUUCCAGGACUGAGGAGUUGGAUGGUACCAGCUCUGCUGAAGAUGAGCCUACAAAGACUUGUCUUAAGUGUCAAACCGAUACCAGUCCCAGAUGGUGGACUGCCGAAGAGACUUUGAAGAGAGUUCAAGCUCAGACUCCCGUUACAACACGCAGUGAUGACAACGUCAAGGGCUACAGAUGCAACAGAUGCCACUUCAAGCGGGUCAAUGCUCCACAAGAAGCAUCGCCGUCACCAUCCGCAACUCGAAAAAGAGUCUCCCUAUCACCCCCGAAACAGUUUCCUCUUCAGAUAGGAUGGGGCACUGGAAUCGCAAACCAAACCCCUCAGCCACAGGUGCAGACUCCAGCACACGCNAGCAACGCCAGUGCAAACAGCAGGGCCAGCUGA